AUGGAGGGGCGGAUGUUGUUGUUGUUGGUGCUUGGGAGUCUAAUUAGUCAGGCUUGGACCUCAUCACAGACUCACCAAAAAUACUCAGAGCUUCAUACGAUCCACCCAUGGAGAAGAAACAGCAGUGGGAGAGUAAAACGAGACUGGAUCAUCCCUCCAAUAAGAGUCCUGGAAAACAGCAAACAGGUUCCUGAAGAUCUCGUCCAGAUCAAAUCGGACAAAAUAUUCACCGGCGAGGUCAUCUACAAGCUGGAAGGAUCUGGAGUGGACCAAGAACCCAAAAACUUCUUUGAGAUUGACGACAAAACUGGUGUCAUCCGGAGCAAGCGGCCCCUGGACCGAGAGAAACACAGAAGCUUUACACUCAAAGCGUUUGCGUUGUCCCCCAGUGGAGAAAGACUGGAGAAUCCCACCACUAUUGAGAUAAUGGUGCUGGAUCAGAAUGACAACAGACCGGCAUUCACUAAAAGACUGUUUGAGGGGUCUGUUCCGGAGUUCUCAGUUCCAGGGACGUCAGUGAUGUCCGUUUCCGCUGAAGAUGCAGAUGACCCCAUGACUGAAAACGCAAUGUUGAGCUACACAAUUCUCUCCCAAGAAAGUGUCCCAGCCGACGCCGUCACCAAGAUCAUGUUUGGGAUCAACAACGAGACCGGAGCCAUUUACACCCGAGACGUGGGCUUGGACAGAGAGGUUGUCAAAAGUUUCAAGCUGAAACUGCAGGUGGCAGAUAUGUCGGGCAUGGGGCUGACAGGUGAAGGUGUGGCUGUCAUUCACGUGUCUGAUAUCAACAAUCACGCCCCUCAGUUCAGCCCCACCAAGUACAACAUGCUGGCGGUGGAAAACAGAAAGGACUACGAUAUCGGCCGCGUCAAUGUAACAGACAGAGACGACAGAGGGGCCGGAAACUGGGAGGUCAAAUACUCCAUUUACAAUGACCCACACAGGAGCUUUUCCGUCGCUACAGACCCCGUCACCAACCAGGGAAUACUCUCUGUGGUCCAGCCUUUGGAUUAUGAAACGCAGCAGGAGUACACAUUGAUUCUCACAGUGGAGAACGUCAACUCCCUGAGUAAUAAAGCUCCUCACGUCCCAGUGAGCUCUGCCACCGUCAUGGUGACUGUCAUCAACGAGAAUGAGGCCCCACACUUCAGGGAAGAUCCCAUACGGGUUUUGGUGCCAGAGUCAGUGGCGCCUGGAACAGUGCUCACCUCCAACAUUGCCUUUGAUCCAGAUAAUUCCGAAUUAAGGUACGAGAUCAGCAGAGACCCCGAGCGCUGGCUGGACAUUGAUCGAGUGACAGGAGGCAUCAGUGUGAGGAGAGCGUUCAACAUGAGGUCUCCACAUGUGAAAAACAGCAUCUACACCGCAGCAGUCAAAGUCACAGAUUCUGACGGAGUUUCCACAACAGCAACACUGGCCAUAACUCUGAAGGAGACCAACGAUUUUGCCCCCGAGCUCCACCCUCUGAGCGGCUCUGUGUGUAAGGACUCUCGCAGGAAGAACACGGGUCUGGUCCUGACGGCGACAGACCAGGACCUCCCCCCACACGCUGCUCCGUUUAUAUUCGAAAUGUUGGAGGACAUGUCAAUCAACUGGACUGUCAUUCAAAUAAACGGCACUCAUGCUUUGCUUCAGCCGCUGGUGGACCUCGACACAGGAGACUACAUGGUGUCCUUAAUGGUGUCGGACUCGGGCAGCCCAGUGCUCGGUGAAACGUCCCACGUCAAUGUCACGGUUUGCCGCUGCGAUUCCUUUGGAGACUGCAAGUCAGAAGUGGGGGCCAUCUUUGGGGCCACUAUGGGAAUAAACUUCAUCGCUCUCAUCAUCAUUAUGGCCUGUAUCGCACUUCUGCUGUUGCUGCUCCUUCUGGCUGUGGCCAUAACCUCAUGUGGAAGACGGCAUCACAUAAAGAAAGGAGCUGGCCUGCUGGUCGGAGACUCAGAGGACGACAUCAGAGACAAUGUCCUCAACUACGACGAGCAAGGAGGUGGUGAGGAGGACGAGAACGCUUUCAACAUCGACAUGCUGUGGAACCCCCACGACGCUCCGUCCACUCCCGGGUCGUACUGUCCCGGCCCAGGCCCAAGAGGAAAGCAGCCUCUACGAAGGGACGCACCGCACAACCUGCCCUCGCCUACAUACCCCCGGAGACCCCCUGCUGAUCCCACAGACAUCCAGGACUAUAUCAAUGAUGGCCUGGAAGCUGCAGACAAUGAUCCCAACGUGCCUCCCUAUGACACUGCCUUGAUCUAUGACUUUGAGGGGGAGGGUUCUCUGGCCGGCAGCCUCAGCUCCAUCGCCUCGGGCAGUUCAGACGGAGACCAGGACUACGACUACCUCAACGACUGGGGCCCUCGGUUCAAGAAACUCGCCAAUUUGUAUGACCCACGCUAA